CAAGUUGCCACCCGAGUCUACCGUGACACGCGACGCUCUCUCUCCUCCAGCUGCAAAGCAUUGCCAUACACAAAAGCAUCUACAGGUCCAGGGCAAGUGACAGAGAAUGGGCAGAUGCCUCUCUUUUCUACUCCUCCUGGGCGUCGCGCUUGCGCUCGCCGGCCCGGCUAACGGCGACAUAUCGGCGGGGUUCGCCGCUUCAGGGGCAGCAUACAGCAUCGACGCCGCGGUGCGGCAGCUGAUGUCGCCAUCGUCGAUGAAGCUGGAGGACGGCGUGGACCCUGAGCUUAGUAUCGAGCUGGAGGUGCACCGCCGCGUCCUCGCCGGCAUCAGCCCCGGUGCCCUGAACCGCAACAGGCCCGCCUGCCCCGGCGCGUGCCCGGCGCCAGGAGGAUCGUACACCAACCGGGGAUGCCAGAAGAAGUACCAGUGCCGUGGCUGAAUGGAGCAGCAGAGCACUCUGGCCGGCAACCUCCUGCACGCAUGCACGUUCGACCGGUGUAAAUUUUCAUUUCACAUUUAUAUUUUGUUCCGCUAUCUUGGAAUAAUGUGGCAGUCUUGUUGGAACAAUUGUGACGUGA